AUGAAAAUCGCUGUUGUCUUUUUAGUGGUAGCUUUUAGCAGCUGCUUUGGUAAGUUUUUUGUAAACAUCUUUUUGAAUAUCUUUUUUUGGGGAUGGGUUGUAGACUGUUACAUUGGAAUUUAAAAGGACACUAUAUGCACCCAGACCACUUUAUCUCAUUUAAGUGGUCUGGGUGCAAUGUCCCUGUCCCACUGUAAAUCAUUGCAGUUUUCUAGAAACCACUUUGCAGCACUAAGACUGUCUACAGUGGCUGUCUAUCAGACAGCCACUGUAGGCGCUUCUGGGAUUCUAAUGGACUCUGAGUCCUUUAAUCUUCCAGCGUCCCUUAAACAUCCAGCGUCAGUGAAAACCCCAUAGGAAAGCAUUGAGUAAAUGCUUUCCUACGGGGAGGGUUCUAAUGUGCUUUAUGUCCCCAUGUCAGAAGACGUCGGAGGACGCACAGCACCGACCCAAUGCUGAGGAACAUCCGCACUGGGAUUGAGUGAGUAAAUAAAGGAGUUUUUUUUAACCCUUUAUGUGCCGGAGAGGAGGGCCAUGAGGGAGGGGGACUCUAUAGUGUUAGAAAAACAUAUUUGUAUUCCUAACACUAUAUAUUAUCUUUAAUGAAAUUAAACCGUGUUCUUUAUAUUUUAGCAAAUCCAAUUACAAGAAUUAUGGAUUUCCUUUUUAAAAUGACUAAAAACAUACAGGUACUUAAAAGAUGUAUGCACCAUUUUUAACCCCUUAAGGACACAUGACAUGUGUGACAUGUCAUGAUUACCUUUUAUUCCAGAAGUUUGGUCCUUAAGGGGUUAAGUAGUUAAACAGAACAAAGUUACAGGACAAUACUACAUUUCAAAAUAAUUAUUUCACAGAGUUAUUUACCAAACUGUAAAUUGACAGGAAUAGACCAGCAUUUUUUAAAAUUAUAAAGCAAAAUAUAGUACUGUAAAACUAGCAAGGUUGGGUUUUCAAAUUGAAUACUUGGGUCAAAAAAUGAAAUUCCCUCUUUAAUUCUCAACAUGUAGAGUUUAGUUAAUAACCCUGAAAGAUGCAAUAUACACAUUACAUUUUAGUUACCAAACAGUGAUGUGUGGUGAAUUUAUAAAACAAAUUGUCUAAUGUAGACCAAAAAAAUAGUCGAAUAAUAGAUUUUUUUUAUAAUACAGCCAGAGGUUUAUAAUUUAAUUUUCCAACCCAAUUGCCUUUUGAAUAAAUCCUGCUCAGCAUGUUUCGGAGCCACAUAUUGGCACCAAGUCACAAUACCCAGCUUGGUAUUGAUAACUUUCUAAUAAAAUACAUUUUACACUUCAAUAUCCAUAGAUACCAAAAACAUAUACAUUUAUUAAUUCUUGUUGGUGGACAGAAAAUUAAAAACAUUAUAACAGAACAAUAUAGUUCAAACUGCAAAAAAAUAAAUUAAUAAAAUGAAUUACAAUUAAUAACAUUUAUUAAUAAGUCACAUUAUGGCAUUUUUCCUAUGUGUAUAAUGUAUGCUAUCGUCCUCUUCAUAUAUUCAUAUAACACAGUUCACUAAAUAUCCCAGAAUCCUUUCAUAUAUGCUGGCAUUCUCCCAAAUUAAUUUAGAGUACCUUAUUGACCCCAUUUUCCAACUUUCCCCAUAUUGUCACAAUGAAAUAUUGCUAUAUAUAUAUAUAUAUAUAUAUAUAUAUAUAUAUAUAUAUACACACACACACACACACAUAAGCUCCUAUUUUUGUGUUUAUGUUUUUUUAACAAAAUAACAGGGAGCUUUUGUUUCCUGUACCCGGCCGGACUAACAGGAAGUGCACACACUGUGUGCACUUCCUGUUAGUCCGGCCGGGUACCGGAGACAGCUGCUCCCUGUACCCGUCGGACCAGCAUGCUGCAGGGCUCGGCCACGCUACUACAGAGGGAGUGACAGGAGGGAUCGCUGAGCACUUCCCUCCUGUCAGCCCCUCUCCUCAGGCUGCGCCCGGGCGGUGCGGUCCGCCCUCAUGGACGCACCGCCCGGGGAAAGCUGCAGCCGCCUGAGGCUCUCUACAGGAUUGUUCAAAAUAACAAUAUUUGUGUGUAAUUAAUUGAUUUGAUUUAUUUUCUUUUUAAUGUAGAUGCUGCCUCGGUUCCACAAACCAACUGUCUUCAACAAUUACUUCAGGUAUUUUAUUACUUGUAAUAGUAUGUUUCUAUACAGACCCAGAAAAGACACCAAAACAGUUAUAUAAUAAUGUGUCUAACAUAACAGUUUCAUUGAAAUGUUUGGUGUGUUAUGUAAAGUGAUAAUAUUAACAAAUUAAAUUAAAUAUAAAAUAAAUAGGAUUCAAUAAAGUAUUAGCCACAUUUUUGAAUAUGUGUGUUCUAUCUCUCCAUCUAUCUAUCUAUCCAUCUUCAUAUUACAGCGCUUUGUACAUCUUUAUUUUCUAAUUUGACGCUUCUUUUGCCUUGAUAUUUUCUUAGGAAGAUGCCCCCGUUCUUCUUCAAAUGUUGGGUGGCCUGAUCUGUGAUUAUAAACUUGCCCAGGUAUUUUCCAAAAUUAUUACUGUAGAAUCAGUUAACGUGAAGUUGUAUAUAAUUUGGAAAUUGAUUAGAGUUUGAGAUAAAAUAAGGUUAUUUGUACUUUUUGCACAACAAAGGAAACUGGUGUUAAAGAAGUAAACUCAUUUCAUUUUAGAUUUACAUAAUAAUAUGCAUAAUAUAAUUUUUCUAAUAUAUAAGAUUAGAUUAUUUUUUUUUAACCAAGUCCUUAAACAAAAAAUAGCAAUUAUUUGUUUAUAUAGUAAUAUGUGCUAAAUAAGUCAUUCAAUUUGUGGCACACACAUAGAAAUACAUAUUUUCUUCCUAUAGAUCUCUGUAUGAUAAACUAAAAUUUAGAGUUAGAUUAAAACAUUUCAUUAAUAUACUUUCAUUAUGCUAUCAAAUGUUAAUGUGUACAUUUUCAUUUAUUUCUUCUUUUUUAGGCUGAUCAAAAUGCAGCCAAGUUUCUUGCUUUUCUGCAGCAAGUAAAUGUUAUGCUUGUAAGUAUAAUUGUCACAAUUUACAUUUUAAUGCUGGUGACACCUUACAUUACUCCGGUUUUAGUUUUUGUUUUUUUUGUGAAUCUAAAUGUAUUGAGGUCACUUUCAUAAAACAAAGCAAAUCAAUUAUCUACCAGGUAGUACAGGAUAGUAAACCAUACCACAACAAAAAUUGUAUGGCAUAACUAUCAUGUAUGUAUGUAGUGGGGAAUUGUGAUGUAGAAUGAGAACAGAAACCUAUCCCACUUACACUGAAUAAUGACAGACAACAUAAUUUGGAUGAAACAGGCCACAGCAUUUAUUGUAACGUAUGAUAAAAUACUGCAGAACACAUCCAUAAUUUAUUUUAAACAUUAUCUUUUCUUAAUAUAAAUAAAAUGUCAUACAUAAAUAACCAUAACUUAGCAUAUAACUUAACGCAUAGUGUCAUACAGUAUAACCCAACGUCCCUGCCAAUAUACCGACCAUGUGCCUAUGCAUCACAUAUUCUCACCUACCCCCUCGACCAAAAAUUCAUUUCCUUUCACUGCUUACCACCAGCCGACCUUUUCCUUGCUUGGUGGGCACGUCCAAACAGGUAACCUAAGGUUAAACCUUUAAAGCAGAGUAGGCUGAGACCUGAAACUUGACCACAUCAUUCCACAUAUUGACAUAGCCCCCAAACCAAAUUGGCAAGGACACCCCCACGGCUAGCUGCAACUACAUAACAAUGGGACGGGUGGGAGGGAAGCUGUUUUCUGGCCCGAAUCCCAAAUCCACUGAGUAAGACUAUCCCACCUCAAAUUCACACACCACAUAACCCCACCCACACAUACAUACACAACAAUCACACGCAUCCAACCCCACACUCGUACAUGUUCCCUUGUCCACUUAGCUGUGCUAUCUCCCCAGGGCUUAAUAAUUAAAUUGGCAGUCUAUAGAUGGUAAAAACCUCACACGGGAAAACAAAUAUAGUAAUAUAUUUAUUGAUUGGCAAAUAAGAAAUAAAAUACAAAUGAAUCUAUAUACACCAAAUUAUGUACAAGUUGCAAUGAAACAUAGUACACAUUCAAUUAAUCUAUUAUACACAAAAGAUAGUUCUAGCAAUAUAGGCAUUUAAUAGAUAAUAAGCAAAUUAAAUAAUGAAAAGGAGAGUAAAAUAACAAAGGGUAUAAAUAAUAUUCAAAAGAAAUGAAUAAGUGCUUUUACAAGAGACACUUUACCUAGUUUCUGUGACUGUGACAAACCACCCAACGUUUCGGCACAAGCAGCCUUUGUCAAGGAUUGAAAAUAAAUAUUCACAUCAUGUCAAAACUUUAACAACAUGAGUAAAGAAUGGGCAUGUAAAAAAAAGAAAAACAGAAAAAAGUUUGAUGCAAUCAAGAACAAGGCCAGGAGACAGCAGGAAAAGAAAAGAAGUACUAGAAGAAGGAAAAGACCAGAGUGAGAGAUGAAGUGCAUGUUGUGGAAUCUAAGGACCUCUCAGACAGACGCAAAAUGAACAAAAAACGAUUCCAAUAACACCAUCAGAGUCUACCAUGCAUAGUAACAAAUCCAAGAAGACUGCGGCCACCACCAAGUUAAAUUACUCCGUUUUUAAAUUGUUUAAUACAGGAUUAUUUAGGUCUUUAAUAUAAUUCCUCAGGUCAUGUAGGGUUUCUAACACUUACAGUGCCUUCUGAGUAUUUUAGAAAAAGUUUUAUGAAAUACUAAUAUUGACUGUAUUGGAAUUUCAUUCAAAUUCCAGUAAAAUCCAAAUAUAUUAUAAGAUAAAGUAGGAACUACUUUGUCUUAUGGUGAAGCCUGUGGUUGAGAAAUGUUGGCAAGAGGAGAAGCUUUGCUGUCAACUUUUGGCAAAUGCCAGCAACCACUGCAAGUAACGACUAUGGGAAUCGAAGGAUGUGAUCUAGAGAGAGUUUCGAAGGAUGCUCCAUAGACCUCAGUGUUGUACUCUCAGGCAUGCACAAGAGUACAGCACUGAUUUAGCUCCUCAAAAAUGAGGUGCCAAGAACUGAAGACUGUCCCCAAGAAGAAGAAGCUGUUGGUGGCCAUGAGGAACAGCUUAAUGUACGUGUAAGUACCCCUCACUGCACCCCGUGGCCUCAUCACACUAAACAGAGAGCAGAGUUUGCCACCUUUGGGGGUCUUGGACAAAAUACGCAGAGACUGCUGAAAGCGACAGAUCCACAUUAAAAAAUAACAUUAGCACCCAAUACUCUUAAGAAAUCAACAACUAAUUAAAAUGCAUUCAGUCUGCUAGAAGAAAGUUGAAUAUUCUAAAACUGGCAUAUUUUUUUCUGAUGUAGAUGUUUUUUGUCUUCAAAGUAGAUAAACUGCUUUAAGAGCUCUCAUGUUCCUAUUAAAAACACCUUUUCUUUUUCAAUAUUUUAGGCAAAAGUUGGCUGUAGCAUCAAUAAUCUUCUUGGAACACAUGUGGUAAAAACCUUAAUUAACAUAUGUAUAUGAUACUUUAAAAAUAAUUUUGAGGCAUAUGAAAAAAACGCAUUGAAUGCAGUCAUUUGUAAAUUUUACAUAAAUUCUGCUAAGCUUUCCUGAAAUUGUCUAGUAAUAUCCAGUCUUAUUCUGAAACUUGUUAUGAAUACAUCUUGAGUUUUCUAUGAUAUUUACUGUAUGUAUAUUAUUACUAUAAUUCUAAUAUAAUGUUUUAACUUCUUCAUCAUAAUUUGGUGGAAUUCAUGUCACUAUAAAGAUUAGGAGCAGUGUAUGUUUUAACCACUAAAUGGGUAAACCACUUAUCUCUGAUUGUAAUUAAAAAGGCAUUUUUUUUAUUUGUCAUUUCAUGAAAAUAGUAAAUUUUACUUUCUCUCUUUCAGACAAUUAACCUUCAAAAUGCAGAAGCUCUUGCUGACCAAGUUGCAAAUGUGUUGUUCCAAUUCAUGGUAAAUAAAAAUAAAAUUAAGACAAAUUAUAAAAAUAUAAGAAAAAUGAGCAAAAUAAAGACGGAUAUUCACUAAAGUGAUAAUUUUGGAAAUUGAAUGUGAAAUUAAUGUUAAUUUCAAAUUUCAGGCCAAAGUAGCUGAAGUAGAAGCAUAGUUGAGAAUUUACAUAAUUCACCUAUUUAGGCUUUAACUGUCAAACCUGCGAGUUAGCCACAAUGCAAUAAUUAAAAUUAUAAAAACCAAAACAAAUCAUAAUAAUUACAAAAAAAAGAAUAAAACACAACAUUAACCAUCUUGUUUUACAUUUAGCAAACCAUCUUGUUGAAAGUUACCAAAAUUUUGGUAAGUAGACUUAUUAUUAUUAUUUUAAUCUAGUAUGUUUCCAUCAUUAUUUUUUCAUUGUUAAUCCCCAUAUCAUUUGACACUCACAUUUCAAGUGUCUUUUUUUAAAUUUAUUUUAGCAUUUAACCUUAUUAGUAAUGGGCGGCUUAGCAUCUAGCAUUUACAGCAUUUUUAUGCAAAAUGCUUAGCAAGAUGUCUUGUACGUUAAAAUGAAGAAUUAAGAAGAAAAAAAGGUGGCAGGAGCAUUUAAGGUUUCUGGUUUUCAAAGCUAUCUGCAAAUGAUGCUUAUAAUUCAUAUCUCAAUGUACACAAUAAGUCACCAUACUUUAAUUCUUGUUGUAUUGAGAAGACCCCCUUCAACAUUUUAGUUCCCACUGGCUGUUUUACAGUGGUCACCACUGAUGUUUUGUUAUCCAACAUUGCUGCAUGCCAUUGACUCCUUAAUAUUUUGACAUUGAUGUUGCAAUAAUUUAGCCACUCGGAGUAAAAUAACAGACAAGAAGUAGAGGCUAGCAACAGAAUAUGUACAAGAACACCAGGUCCUGUGAUGAACGUGUCCAAGAAGAGCCCCUACACAAUUCUUGGGAUACAAAAAGAAAAAUAAUGUUGCCAAAAACACAAGGAUAGUCUUACACAGGCAAUUCUUUAAGAUUAAUCAGUGGUGCAAACAUUGUAUCAAGAUAAUUACCUGCAACAAUUGGUGGGGUAACAAGACAAGAAAUUGCCAGAAAUAAUAAAAAGGCAGUGAAUGUUAGAAUUGGUACUAAGUAGAUACCAUGAGCUACAAGAGAGUGAUUUGUCUUAUAGCGCCCAUGUUAUAUUUGCCAUCACUAGGCAGGUGCUACAACACUGGUAAGAGGUAGGUAUCUGAAUUUACAUCCCAGAAGACUCUGACUAGGUUUGUUAUCAAUUUUAUUUUAAAUAAGUGGAAAGUAAGAAUUGUCUGGGAUAUUUAUAAUGUUUUAAGACAGAAUGUGUGGGAUUGUUCCAGAGUGAAUAGCAGAACAAUAGUAGAACACUCCUAUUGACUUCCCUUUAUCUGCAGUUCAUAGAACCGAAAAAAUGAAAACAUUAUUUUAAUAUACAGUCAACAGCUAAUUGUCUCUUUGUCUGUCUGCUUUCCUUUAACUAUUAGUACAUGAUAGGCUAAAAAAAAAAUACAUAUUUUUGUUCCCAUUUAGGAUGACAUUCCCUUCAUGGGAGACAUCUUGGUAAGAGAAUUGCAUUGUUCUUACUUAUUUAUGUAUAAUAACUCUCAUAUCCGGACCAUGACUAACCUUUUAUUUAAAAUGUCUCUAAAUAAAUACAAUAUGAAUUCUGGCAAUAUGUAUUAAAAUGUGCGUGCAUACAGUUAAUGUUAAUGUAACAAUUAACGUGUACAAUAUUUAAUGUUUUACAUUAAUAGAAUGACAAAUCUCUGAUUAACAACAUCAGAAUUCUUGGAUGUGAAGCUUUGGUAAGUAAAAAAUAUAUUUCCAUAAUGCUUUAGCAUACACCACAGUUGGAGGUGAUUCAUUCAAAUCAAUUAAUGGUUAAUUUCAUCAAGGCACAGUGCAAGGUUAAAAAGGCACCCAAAAACUUUAUUGAAUUUGUUUAAAAUACUAAACUGUAUCUAUAAAUUAUAUUUAUUUAACAGAAAUCAAACUGUACAGCUCUUUUUUUUAAACAGCUCUUACCAAAACCUUUAAUACCCUUACACUCAACAAUUAUUAUUAUAUCUCUAAGUAUUUAUAAACUUCCAACUUAUUCACCAUUCUGUUCAACUAUAGGUAUAUAUAUAUAUAUUCAGUAUAAUGUAGACAUACCAGUACAGAUGGUACAGUAGACCCUGACCUUUAACUCAGCAUCUAGCAUUUACACACUACUUACCAGAGGAGUAACUAGAAACCAUUGAGCCCCAUUGCAAAAUAUUGCCAUGAACUCCCCAUUUGUUUCAUUUACUCGCCCCCAGACCCUCCAUGUGUCUCAUUUCUCCCCAAAGUCCCUCCAUGUGUCUCAUUUCUCCCCAAAGUCCCUCCAUGUGUCUCAUUUCCCCCAUCCCCUCCAUGUGUCCAUAUACUCCCCUCAGCCCACCCAUAUGUUCCAUUCCCUCUCCUAGCCCCUUCAUGUGUCCCAUUCCAGCCCCUACAUGUGUAUCAUUACCUCUACCCUCAGCCCCUUAAUGUAUUUUCCCCCUUCCCCUCAUGUACCUGCUCGCCACGGUACUCGGUCUCAAAGGAAGUGCUCUUUCAGUGAGCACUUCCUGUGAGACUGCUCGGCCAUGCUACAUACAGCUGUACAGCCAUUCAGUGUGCAACAGAAUGCAAGAGAAUACGGAGAACAGACCAAAGCUCAAGUAGCCUGCACUUCUCUGGGUCCCCAUUUAGAUCUCAAACUGGUUUUAGCUCCUCUUGUGCCAUUACAAAAAGAACCAUGGCCAUUUCCACAUCAGACUGAUCCCACCCAAAAGGGUGGUCCAAAUCCAAAAUGCAGGCCAGCUCUCUCUGUACGAGAAAAACAACAACCCCAGAUGAUCGUUUCAACCUUGUUAGGAAUCAUCAGUGAGGUAUAGCCGAUAUCCCUCUAGACACCGUGAGCAAGUGGUCCACAUCUGGAUUAUUCUUUAAACUUAAGGAGAGCAAAUAACAGGGUACAAGAGAAUACUAAGAACUAUUGCAAAGUACAUGUACAUUACAACAGUUAAGGUCCUCUGCCAGAUAAUAUAUUUAAAUGCAAAUAGAUUAUUUUUUUUCCCAUUAAUUACAACUUCUCUGUUGUAUAAAAUGUCUGAUGUUUUGUGUUUCUUUUCUUACACUUUUUUACCUACAGGCUGAUGUUAUCGCAAAUGUGGACAAAGUUCUGGUAUGA